AUGAAUGGAACGGAGGGUCCCGAUUUCUACGUGCCCAUGUCCAACAAGACGGGGGUGGUGCGCAGCCCCUUCCUGUACCCCCAGUACUACCUGGCCGAGCCCUGGAAGUACUCCCUGCUGGCCGCGUACAUGCUCUUCCUGAUCAUCACGGCUUUCCCCAUCAACUUCCUCACCCUCUACGUCACGGUGCAGCACAAGAAGCUCCGCACGCCCCUGAACUACGUGCUGCUGAACCUGGCCGUGGCCGACCUCUUCAUGGUGGUGGGAGGCUUCACCACCACCCUGUACACGGCGCUCCACGGCUACUUCGCCCUGGGGCCCACGGGCUGCAGCAUCGAGGGCUUCUUCGCCACCUUGGGGGGUGAGAUCGGUCUGUGGUCGCUGGUGGUCCUAGCUAUGGAGCGGUAUGUGGUGGUCUGCAAGCCUGUGUCUACUUUCCGCUUCGGGGAGCAUCACGCCAUUGUGGGGGUGGCGCUGACCUGGAUCAUGGCCCUCACCUGUGCUGUGCCCCCCCUGCUGGGCUGGUCCAGGUAUAUCCCAGAGGGUAUGCAGUGCUCCUGUGGAAUAGACUACUACACUCCUAAACCUGAGCUGAACAACACGUCCUUCGUCAUCUACAUGUUCAUCCUCCACUUCUCCAUCCCACUGAUGGUCAUAUUCUUCUGCUACAGCCGCCUGCUCUGCACUGUCCGGGCGGCAGCAGCGCAGCAGCAGGAGUCAGAGACGACCCAGCGGGCUGAGAAAGAAGUGACGCGCAUGGUAGUUGUCAUGGUGAUCUCAUUCCUGGUGUGCUGGGUGCCCUAUGCCAGUGUGGCCUGGUACAUCUUCGCUAAUCAGGGCACAAACUUUGGGCCUGUGUUCAUGACCAUCCCAGCCUUCUUUGCAAAGAGUGCUGCCCUCUAUAACCCUGUCAUCUACAUCCUACUCAACAGACAGUUCCGUAACUGUAUGAUCACCACUGUGUGCUGUGGCAAGAACCUGUUUGGGGAGGAGGAGACCACCAGUGCUUCAAGCAGGACCCGGUCUUCCACCGUGUCUACCAGCCAGGUGGCUCCUACCUGA